AUGGCUCACAUUGCGCCCUUGGCUCAGCCUAUUACUCUAAAACUUUCUGGAAAGGUGAUCAAGAACCGCCUUUAUCGGACUCCUCUCAGUGAAUACGCCGCAACCUUCGACGAAGACAACGUUGAAAACUGCGGCAAACCUCUCCCGCGCUAUGCAGAACUCUACCAAGGAAUGUGCACACUUGCUGAGGGCGGAGCCGGCCUCAUCUGUACCGGUAACAUCCCGAUUCACCGCGACAACCUCGAAAAUUACAACAACGCCGUCCUCGAUAUCAACAACCCCUGGGACCCCGUGGAGGCCUUCCGCCCUGCCGUGCAAGCCGCAAAGUCCCGAGGCGCACUCUUUCUCCCGCAGCUGCAAUUUCCUGGCCGGCAGGUACCCGAGUUUUUGAAUGCAAACCCAAAGUCCUCCUCGAGUGAGCAGUUGCCGCCUUGCUUGAACAAGACAUAUGGAAAGCCUAGCCCGUUGACAAAGGGAGAAAUUGAGGAUCUGAGGAGGCGUUAUGUCUGGGCUGCUGAGGUUCUAGCUAAGGCUGGCGCAGAUGGGAUCAUUUUGCAUGCCAGCCAUGGAUACAUCAUGCAGCAGUUCCUGUCACCAUUGAUCAACAAACGGACUGAUGAGUAUGGAGGAAGCCUAGAGAAUCGUGCCCGCUUCAUCCUCGAGGUUGUGAAUGCCAUCAAAGAGAAGCUUCCGUCCGACAAAUUCGUUAUUGCUGCUAAGCUCAACUGCCAAGACUUCAUCGAGGGAGGUACAAGCUUUGCUGAGCAGUGUGUUGUCAUCAAGUGGCUUGAGGAUGCCGGUGUGGACUUCUUCGAUAUUUCCGGUGGAACGUAUGCUUCCCCUGCGUGGAGAGGAAACAUCAUGAAGGAACUUGCGGAGCGACCCUCACAGAAAGAAAGGGGAAGCUAUUUCAUCGAAUGGGCACAAGAGAUGAAAAAAGUGUUGUCGAGAGCCGUGAUCGGAACAACUGGGGGCUGGAGAGAUAGUCAUCGAAUGUCCGAAGCGGUUGAGCACGGUGAUAUCGACAUGAUCGGUUUGGGAAGACCUCUUCGAGAGGAUCCAUUCUUCGUGAACAAAGUGCUCCGGGGUGAAGUGAGAAGGAGCAAUCUCUAA